CUUCAUGAAUAUUGUGGUGCAGUGCCAGUUCUGCUGGCAUAAAAUCUCAGAAUUUGUCUCUCUAAAUGAACAGAGUGAAAUUAAACAUUUUAACUUUGAUACUCAGCUCAUGGUAUUCCAGUUACUACCUAUGCUGGGAUGUGUCAGGAGCAAGUUUACGGACAACGACUGUCUCGAAUUGUACACCAACAAGUUGUUCCGGCUGACAAGUGAGGAAACUCAGCGGCUGGCAUAUUCAUAUCGUGACAUCCUCAGAAUUCAAGAAAAUAAACAUGUGCUAGCCCAUCAGGCCAUGUUGAGUAUCCUGCAGAUCAAAAAUAUUAUGAAUAUGGAGUUGGCAGUCAUAGCAUACCAAGCAUUUAUGUACAAUCUGAAAGAUUUUGUUCUUGAAGAACCCAACAUGGAUGGUCUGACAGGGCCUGAUUAUGUAAUUCAACAUCCUGAACUGCUGGGAGCUGUGCUUGAUGCCUUGACCUCACUCAUUCACUGCUUCCACAUCACGUGGCAUGAGAGCGUGGAGACGAUAUGCCUGUUCAGCUUCACACAGCUGUUGCUGAAAAAUCCCAGCCUCUCACCCAAACUGUCUGUACAGGGACUGCAGCUGAUGCAAGUGGCGAUACAGAACUUCAUGCCUCCAAACCUGGCUCUGCUCAUGAACACACUAAAGGGAUCCACCAUUGACCAGCUGGGUCCUAUCUUGCACAAACGCCUGCACGACAUGAACUGGGAUGUGCGAGACAGUGCACUUGAACUUCUGCAAGUCGUCACAGCCAUCGCAGAGAUCAAAUUUCCAGCAUUCCAGGAACAUGUACUGGAAAAUGAAUUGUGUACCCUGGUGCUUGUUCUCGCAAUGGAUGACUCGGAGAGCUAUGUGAGGGCAUCGGCCAUUAAGUGUUUAUGUGCCAUGGUGCGUGUACAGCGCUUCUGGACAGACUGCCUUGCAUCACAAAACUUACCAAGUAAGAUGAUGGCAAUCCUGCAGGGCGAGAGUGAGGGGAUUGUCCGUCGCGAAGCAGCUGCCCUCCUGAAAGAGAUCUAUGAACAUCAUAAGUUCUUGAAAGCAGAACUAGGGAAUGUAUUCAUGGCGAUGGCAUUUGCAGCCAUGUCAGACUUACACUGGGAGGUGAAAGUUAAUGCACUCCAGUUCUGGGAGAAAGUGAUUGAGCGACAGAUGUCAGACCAGGGAAUGAUUGAUGGUGUAUUUCCAUCUGUUACAUUCUCAAAGGAAAAUCGGAAAAUAGUGCUGCUGACGGAAAACGAGAUCAAACUGCGGCUGAACAAAGUGUUAGGCGAGCUGGCACGAAUCAGAUGUUUGCAGGUGCUGUUGUCUGCCCUUCAUGACCACGAUCUCCAGGUCGUAUGCAAAGCUGCAGACAUUGUCACAACUCUGAACAGCGUGCUGAUGAGGCACGGGCUUGUCCCAGACACAGAGGCACCAAAACCACUUCCUGACCUUGUGAGCAAUUGUGUGAAACCUACAAACAGUAAUUUCAAAGGUGUGUACGACUCAUUUGGCUGUGAGGUCCACAGUUGUCUGACUCCUGUAAGUAAAGUGAAUCAGACAAGGACAACCAACAUGGACAGUGGUGAAGGUGAGAUCGCUGCUGUACGAUCAAGACUGAUCAAUGACUCGGAUGAAGUCAUUGAAGCCAUUGUUAGUGAGACCGAUAUAAACCUGCUGGCAGAUGUCUACAAUGAUUAUCUAAAAGCCGGCAAUAAUACGUCGUCCAUCGUCACCACAAACUUUAAUCUCGAUUCAGAGGUACAUGUAAACGGAGAACAUUUCUUGGAAGCCAUUUCAAAGCUCAAUCUUAGUGAGAUGGUGACACAGAAAACCCAGUGGUUGGAUUACUAUAGUAAUGACCUGGGUUCAUUGCUAGAUGACAUCCUGUCCUCACAUGCAGACACAGAAUCAAAUGCAAUGGACUGUUAUUAGAAUUUUACACUGUAACGUGAAUUAAUGUUAUCAAAACAGUAGUCACUGUUGGUUGCAGCCAUUCUUGUUGUCUGGAGAAUAUUACAGUUACAUUCUUUAAUAAAAACGUCUGUAAUGCCUUCUGAUCCUCCAGUGUAUAAACAAUUUUAAUGCCACAAAUCUAUGGAGGUUUUCUGACCAAAAACUCUUUACGUAUUUCUUCAGGUCACAACCAAGAGGUAUGUUAUAUCAUGCCUGAGUUUUUUCAAGGUUUACCUCAGACCAUCCAAACAAAUGCUUGGUCAGUACCUUGCACAUCAAUCCCGGCUCACAGUUAUUGUCCUGUUUGGCUCUACAUAAGUUAUACAGUUCAGAAAGUUCCAUUAACUUAGCAAUAUUAAUAACCAGUGGGUAACAGCACGUCACUGGCUGACGGUGCGUUUUAUCUGAUCAGUUCUGGCGUGUUCCACUGAACAAUGAAAAGCUAACGUGGUUAACAUGAAUACUCCACCUGCCAGACAGCAGACAUGUGUGAAUAAAUAAAAUUUAGCUUUUCAAUCCCACUCCUAAGGGUACAUUUGAUUAUCUUUGCUGCUUUUGAUACAGCAUCUGAGCCAAGAAAUCAAACUACCAAGAGGACUAGAUUUACAUUACGUUACCUGGCAUUUACAGUAGCUAACAACACUGUGAUCUUAUAGGUACUGGAUCUCUCAUUAGAAUCUGUAACAAGAACAGGAGAAUGUCAAGUGAAAUAAUGCAUGUUCGGUGCUGUUCAGACCAAAUUAUCUCUGUUCUAAGUUUCCUCAAUUUAAGGCUCCAUGAUUUAGUUUUCAAAAUUCAAUGUGUCCUAGAGGAACACUAAAUGUAAAUUUCAAUGUAUGUUAACCAUAAAGCUACAAGAAUUUUAGAAGAAAGAAAUGCUUUGUCUGUUGUAUACAAAAUCUGAAGUUCUCAUAGUGACUAAAUACAAUGAAUUCAGCUUGGGUAAUGCGUUUCAUUACCAGAAAAUAGAAACCUAAUGUUUCAGAGGCAGACACAUCAGACCGACAAGCUGAGAGGAUUUUGUUACCUCAUGAACAUUACAUGUUUCUUCUAUAAAUAGUACUCAGCUAAAUUCAAAUAAGAAUUAAAUAUUGCCAAUUAAUUUAAAUAGAGCAUCAAUACAUUCUGAAAUUCAUAUUCCCUCAAAUAUUUUGCAGCUUAUGAAUGAACCUCAUGAAAAUACAUUCUCUUAAUGUAGAUUAUCUACAGUUAAUGUCAUUUUCACAUUUCAUCAGUAAACAGACUAAAUGUAACAGAAUAACACAGCUUUGAACUGAGAAUUCACAUGCCUUUUUGCCUACUGAAUGAAAAGACACGUUCAUUGAUCUUAAUACAUUCUUAGUAUCUUACGUAGUGCUAUAUCUAUGCUGUGUGUAGUUUCGAUCAACCAUAGAUUUAUAUUUUAUAUCUUGCUUAAAAGCAUGGACCUUUCUGAUAUAUUUUAAUUUCAAGUUUGAGAUUGUCAAUAAAGAAAACAUUCCGUAAUCUUUCAAACUUUCUAUCACUUUUAACAAUAAAAUUAAAUUUUCAUGGAAAUUACACAAGAUUUCUUUAAAUAAAAAGUCAACAUGAAAAGAAGCCAAAAGUUGCAUUUGUUACUGUCCAUACUCUAAGACUUCCUGUUUUGUUACCACUAACAUUUGUAUCAUUCACUUAACUCGACCAAUGUUAUACAAGGCAAUCUAUUAAGCUUUAUCAUAAAUCAAAGGAUUGCCAUAGUACACUGGACAUAAAGUGUAUCAAGGUGAAUUUCAUAUUAUAUAGAAUUAUAGAAUUUUGUACCAUUUCAAAUAUGCAGUGUUUUUAUAGUAACUUCUGUCUUUGAAACUACUGAAUGUUGUGUUACAUUAGUGUAAAAUACAGUAUGUUCUGAACGUAUUUGUGUACUCUGCAUGAGCAAGCAGAAUGUCCUGAUGCAGUCUUUCCAGAGGAAUGUGACAUAUUUUCUGUGGUGUGUCAAUCGUUCACAACAGUCGCGUAACAGAUGUAGUGCAUCCGUCUUGUACACAGUGGGCAAACUAUCAGGUUUUGAAACAGACUACUGUAAUCUCUGGUGGGUUUUGCUCUGAUGUGAAGGGUUUUUACACUCUCUAGUAGUGGCAUCAAUCUGCCAGUCAUUCUCUACAAAUACACUGUUUCAGCAUGCCAACACAUGAAAACUACUGCAUUCACAAUCUUUCCAAGCAUGCUAGACUGACCAUGUACAUUGUGUAAUGAUAAUAAAAUGGGGUGGGGGGGGGGCUGUUGCUGCUACAGAGCAGGGAUUUGAAGACCAACAGUCAAGAUAUUCCCCACCCAGUCAAUACUGUGUUCACAUGGGUCCUAUUCUGAGGCCGAUUAUUCCAGUUCACAAACACGCUACAUGUUCACAUUUUGCACUGAAGAGUUUGCUCACCCCUGAUUUAGUUCAUGUCAAGUUUUACACUGGUUUGAUCAGACAGUCGCAUGUCUAGCAGAAUCUACCUGCCUGGUUUGAUCAUUCUCCUGGCAGGGAAAUGGUCAAUACUGAAUGAAAAUGACACGAAGUUACAGCAUCCAUAGCACACCACACACAACAAAGGGCAGGCUGCAUUUAAUCUUGUCAUGAAUGAGUUUGCAUGUCUGUAGAGAAAGCUCAAGUAACUACAUUUAAUUUUCUUUCAGUUCUUAUUAUUGUUCUAGUAUGAGAGAUAUUUGUCUUCACAUUCUAUACUGUGUAUUAUAUGGUAUACUGUCUGUAAGAACUGUUACAAAACAUAAACACUUGGAUCUUAAAUAAUAAAGACUUGUUCAUACAAAA